AGGAUAGAGCUGAUCCGACAGAACAUUUACAGCAGUGCUGAGGAUGGGGACUGCAGGUACCUGCUUGUGUUGACUAAGAACUAUGCUGCGCUGCAGAUCCUCCAGCAGGCUUUUUUCACUGCCCGACAGCAGCCAGAAAUCAUCUUUGGCUCCAGUUUUCCUAAGGACCAAGAAUACACCCAGAUAUGCAGGAACAUCAACCGAGUGAAGGUCUGCAUGGAAACUGGCCAGAUGGUUGUGCUUCUCAACUUGCAGAACCUCUACGAGAGCCUCUACGAUGCCCUCAACCAGUACUAUGUGUACCUGGCUGGGCAGAAGUACGUGGAUUUGGGCUUGGGCACACACCGGGUGAAGUGCCGGGUGCACCCCAAGUUCCGCCUGAUUGUCAUCGAGGAGAAG